AUGACUAAGCGCGACCUGUCUGGACGCGCGCAGGCCACCGACUCGGCGUCCCUUGCGCGGGCCAUCGCCUCGGCCAACAAGCUCACGGGCGCGCAUACGAUCACGAUCGGAGAUGGGCGCCCGAACUUCCUGAUCCACCUGGAUUCCGACCUGCCUGCCAUCACCCGGUCGGUGCGAUUCACCUCAACCUCCACCGUCAUCCGCGGAAACAACAAUGUCGGGCUGCGCUUCAGUGCUGGCGAGAGUUCCGUGACCGGGAUCCACUUCCAGGGCUUCUCACAGGCCGCUGUUGUGGUGGAGGGGGGUCACGUUACCGUGGAGGGCAACACGUUUGGCUCUGCCUCCGACGUCAUUGGCCAGUACGGCGUCCAAGUCACGGGCGGCUCCUCCACCAUCAGGAAGAACGUGUUCGAUUCGAAUGCGGUCGGCGUGAGCAUUGAGGCCGAGGCCAAGAGCUGCCUCGUGGAGUCGAACCAGAUCACCGCCGGCGAUGUUGGCAUCCGCGUUGCGGGCCACCCGGACGUUGAUGCGGAACACCGCAUCCAGAACAACCAAAUCAGCAACUGCGGCCGCCAGGGCGUCCUCAUCGACACCCCUGCCAAGAUGACCAUCGACAACAACAGCAUCGGCACCAACGUGGGUGUUGGCAUCGAAGCCGUACUCAAGGAGGGCAGCUCCAUCACUCACAACUUUGUUUAUGGUAGCCAGGACUCCGGCAUCAUUCUGCGCAGCCCUGUGUCGGGUUGCCCCGCCAGGGUCCUGGUGGCGAGCAACCACAUCGGAAUGUCGCCCGUCCUGCUCGCCGACGGCAACAAGGGCCACGGCAUCUUCAGUUCCGUGCCCGUGACUUUGUUCAACAACACCAUCGGCGGGAGCGGCCGGUGGGGCAUCAUGCUGAGCAGGGAGCCCGACGCGUGUCCCACGACGUGCCACAUCUAUGGCAACCAGGUGGGCGCUUCGCGUUCGCUGAACAAGUGGUGGUUGAAGAACAUGGAGGGCGGCUUGCGCGCCCACAACAUGCGCAUCGAGACCCAAGGUCCCCAUGGCGAGCAGCAUCUCAACAUCUUCGCCAACAACGGCGGCGACAGAGGACUCUUUAUCGAGGGUGCCCGUGAUCACGUCAUCACCAACAACUGGGUCGGUUGGGACGGCGCCAACCUGCUGGCCGGACAUCCCGGGCAGGGCAUCAUGCUUGCCAACACCGACGGCGUGCUGGUCUCGAACAACAUCGUGGUGGCCGGCGGUGACGGAAUCUACGUCGACAACGUGCCCAACGCGACCAUCCGCAACAACAAGCUGGGCGUGACUGCCACCAUGUUGAGCAACGACAACACGGUCAACGGGUGCGGCAUCAAGGUCAACGCGCCUGUCUGGAACGCCACCUACGUGACCCUCAUCGCGGACAACGCCAUCUCGUGGAGCAAGGACUCCUCGAUCUCCGUCACCGGUGGAGGCGCGCACUCCAUCACCGGCAACACCCUCGUCGAGCCCACCGGCCUCGCGAACAAGGAGCACGUGCUUGGCAUCAAGCUCGAAUAUGUGGACAACGUGAUGGUCAGCGACAACGUCAUGGACGCGCGCCACGUCGACAUCUACACCAACUACGCCCGCGGCGUGCUGCUGCGUAGCAACAGCGCACCGGUCACGGAAUACGUGAUGGAGAGGGCCAUCUGCGUCUCCGAUUCGCCCACACCCUCCCCGACGCAGUCGCCUUCCAACUCGCCGUCGCCUUCCAACACGCCGUCGCCGUCCAACACUCCGUCGCCAUCGAACACGCCAUCACCGUCCAACACGCCGUCGCCGUCCAACACGCCGUCGGUCACCCCCUCGCCGUCGGUCACCCCCUCACCGUCGGUCACCCCCUCGCCGUCGUCCACGCCCAGCGCGUCGCCGUCGCCGGUGGUCAGCAUUGCCCGAUGGACCUAUGCGGAGGGCGCGGCUGUCAACGCCGCCCCCAUACCCCUCCCGCUCGCUGCCACGGUGGGCUCGGGCAACAUGAACACCAACUGGGCCGACCCGACCAAGAUCAUCUACACCGGGCGCGCCAGUGACUUUGCGUGCGAGUUCAGCGGUAAGGCCAACAACGGGCGCUAUCUGUCCUUCACCUUUGACUCGAGGGGCUUCCAGCGCCUCGUGCUCAGCCUCGAAUUCAGGGCGAGGACCAACGGCUUCACCACGUUCGACGUGCAGACCUCGACAGACGGCACCAACUUCGCCUCCCGCUUCACCUACACCGCGGCGACGCCGAACUCCUACGAAGGGGUCACCGUCGAUCUCAGGGGCCGCAGCGAGCUCGACAACGUGGCCAACGCGCAGGUGCGGCUGGUCUUCAAUGGCGCCACCACCAGCACCGGCCAGUCGCGGAUCGACCACGUCGUGUUCGGCGGCGAGCCCUUCCCGUCGCCGUCACCCACGUCGUCGCCCACGCCGUCGAUCACCCCCUCGCGGUCGCCCAGCGCGUCGCCGUCGCCGUCGCCGGUGAUCGGCAUUGCCCGAUGGGCCUACGCAGAGGGCACGGCGGUCAACGCCGCCCCCAUACCCCUCCCGCUCGCCGCCACGGUGGGCUCGGGCAACAUGAACACCAACUGGGCCGACCCGACCAAGAUCAUCUACACCGGGCGCGCCAGUGACUUUGCGUGCGAGUUCAGCGGUAGGGCCAACAACGGGCGCUAUCUGUCCUUCACCUUUGACUCGAGGGGCUUCCAGCGCCUCGUGCUCAGCCUCGAAUUCAGGGCGAGGACCAACGGCUUCACCACGUUCGACGUGCAGACCUCGACAGACGGCACCAACUACGUCUCCCGCUUCACCUACACCGCGGCUACCCUGAACUCAUACCAAGGGGUCACCGUCGAUCUCAGGGGCCGCAGCGAGCUCGACAACGUGGCCAACGCGCAGGUGCGGCUGGUCUUCGACGGCGCCAUCACCAGCACCGGCCAGUCGCGGAUCGACAACGUCAUGUUCGGCGGCGAGCCCUUCUUGUCGCCGUCGCCCACGUCGUCGCCCUCCUCGUCGCCCUCCUCGUCGGUCUCGCCGUCCAACACGCCGUCGCCUUCCAACACUCCGUCGCCGUCCAACACGCCAUCGCCAUCCAACACGCCGUCGCCUUCCAACACGCCGUCGCCAUCCAACACGCCGUCGCCUUCCAACACGCCGUCGCCAUCAAGCACGCCCACGCCGUCGCCAUCCAACACGCCGUCGCCGUCCAACACGCCGUCGCCGUCCAGCACGCCAUCGCCGUCCAGCACGCCAUCGCCCUCCAACAUGUAUUAA